CUCGCUCUGUACGGAAGAGGGUUGUUUUUUUUACUUAAAUUUAGCUGAAGUUUUGCUUUAUCUGCACUUUAAAUGUUCUUAUUUUUGUUCCGAAUGAAUAGCAGCUGAUGUAAUUAAAAGCGUGUAGUGUUUGGAGAAACUGAACCCGCCGGCGCCGUUACAUUUGUAUUCUAACAGAGAUGGAGUCACUGUGGGAUCCUUCCCACUUCCUCAGAGCUUCCUCUAAUGCGACGAAUUCUACUGAUCUGACCUAUGGCUUUGUGUCCUGUGCGGUCUCCGUCGUCUUCUACGGCAGCAACUUUGUCCCUGUGAAGAAAAUUGACACAGGAGAUGGGAUGUUUUUUCAGUGGGUUCUGUGUGCAGCUAUAUGGACGGUGUCUUUGAUUGUCAACCUCAUUUUAAAAAGUCCAAAAUUUUGGCCUCUGGCCAUGCUGGGAGGCGCCAUCUGGGCUACAGGUAACAUCACAGUGGUGCCGAUAGUGAAGACGAUUGGUCUGGGUCUGGGCCUUUUAAUAUGGGCUUCCUUUAAUCUUCUCAUAGGCUGGGCCAGCUCACGGUUUGGCUGGUUUGGUAUCGAAGCUGAGACCGUCGACAAACCGACACUCAAUUACUGUGGAGCUGGGCUGUGUUUACUCAGUGCAAUCGUGUUUUUCUUUGUCAAAAGUGACAUUCAGAGGCCUGCAUCAUCUGAAGAAACACCACUACUAAUAGAGCAGACACUGAAUUCCGACACUCAAGCCUUAACCGACGUGUCGUGGGUAGACAUGUUAAAGCCUCGCACCAAACGCUUUGUCGGAUCUGGACUGGCUGUAGUAGCGGGACUCCUCUACGGCUCAUCUUUCAUCCCGGUGCUUUACAUUAAAAACCGUGCAGCCCAUAACGACACCAGAUACAGUGAAGCCAGCCAGUUCGAUCUGGAUUACGUCUUUGCUCAGUUCAGUGGGAUCUUUCUCACCAGCACUGUGUAUUUCUUCAUCUAUUGCGCCUUUAAAAAGAACAAACCACAAGUUUUCCCCAGAGCUGUACUACCAGCGUUUGCUUCCGGGGUCAUGUGGGGUGUGGCCACAUGCUGCUGGUUCCUGGCCAAUCACUACCUGAGCGCCGUGGUCAGCUUUCCCAUCAUCACUACGGUCCCUGGACUUAUUGCUGCUGUUUGGGGUGUUGUGGUUUUUAAAGAAGUGAAGGGAUUGAGGAAUUACCUGGUGCUUGUUCUGGCGUUCUGUCUGGUUCUGACUGGAGCGUUACUGACUGCUUUCUCCAAACUGUGAUCACUCACCUGCACCGACUGAGGGAGACGACACAACAAACCAGAUCCUACAUUUAAAAUCUGUUCUAACAAUCUUAUAAUCUAUUUUAUACCUCUGAUUCUUACUGGAUUUAUGGUUGUUAACAGCAGAAAAAAGACUUACACAUCAUGAAGGAAAAAUAUUUUAUUAAGGAACAAGUGAAGUACAUUAUAUGGCUAAAAGAAUGUGGACACCAAACCAUGAGACCCCCGCUCAUUACCCGCCCCCCCCCCCCCCCCCCCCCCUUGUCUUUACUGCUAUUACGUUUCUGCUACGCUUUCCACAAGAUUUUGGACUGUAUGUGUGGGAAUUUCUGCCUAGUCAGUAGGGAGCUUUGGUCAAAAGUCAGUCACUGAUGUUUGAUAAGGCCUGGCUCGCAUUCCGAUUCAUCCAAAAGUUGUUUGGUGUUGAGCUCGGGGCUCUGUGUACGACACUGGAGUUCCUCCAUUCACAUCAAAUGCUUUUUCACUUUGUACACAUAGGCACAAUCACACUGGAACAUUUCCAGUUUCAUUUCCCACAGUGUAGGAGGCGUACAGCUUUGUUAUGCAUCUGUUAGGAAUGGGUGUGGCUGGACGUGGCUGAAACAUCUGAUCCCAGUACCUGUAUUUAGAUCCGAUGGCCACAUACUUUUUGCCUAUAGUGUACUACAACUAGAAGAGCAAUAAUGUCAUAUCUCUGUACCUUAGGGUAAAACGUGUACGUCUGUCAGUUGUUUUUGUGCCAGUCUAUGUAACGAUGUACUGUGAUCAUUCUGAACUCAUUUUUCUACCAUGUUUACAGCAGGAGCCUCGUUUUCUAGUUGCACUUUAAUAAUUCAUAAGAUGAUUUAUUUGAAUUUCAGCGGAGAAAGACUAAAUAAGUGAGCACAAUAAAUUUAUAUUUUUAUUCACGUCAUAA